AUGAUAACACCUUAUGUAGCACUAAACCCCACCGCAGCUCUUGGUAGGCAUAUGCAAUCCCAAAACCAAAGAGAACGUCGAUCUUGCCAUCCCCACCAUCAAAGACAUGGUUCAACGACCAUUGGUCAACAUCAGGUUGCGGUUAGGUGUGGUAUGGCACGUGAGAACGCGCAAAUCGAAGAUGUGUGGGCUGCCACUGAUUUGCCCACCCGUGGGCGAAUUGCCUAUCUGCGUCGAGAAGCCGCGCGCCUGGUUCUAAAGGGCGGCCGAGGAUGUGAAUCGAUUUGGGCCGUAGUAGAUGCAAAACUUUCCCAGUUGCGUUUGAAGCGGAACGAUGACUAUACUUCCGCCUUCUACAAAGUCAUAUUUGACGAGGAUGCCAAAUUGUUCGACGGUGAACUUUGGUUCAAAACCUUGAAAGCGCGCGAACCCAAAGUGACAUUGGACUUGCCUUCCGAGGAGGCUAUCAUGGCGCAAAUGCCUGAAGGUCCUGCCAAUGGAGCUCCAGGUGGAUCAAACCUCAAUCCACCAGGAAAUUAA